CUCGCUCCCAUUUCCUCCCUGCGUCUUCCUCCCUCCUGAGGUGAAUAACCAACUACCUUCUCUUGCUUGUUCGCGCGUCAUCAAAUCUCCCAGGUACCGUUGCAGUUCUCCUGAGGAAGGUACCCAACAUGUCGCUCCCUCCUACCCCUGCUCAGGUUCUUGGGCCACCCAUUCACCAAAUAUCCUUCCUCGAAAAGCUCGAUCUGUUACCUGGUAUUUUGUCUACAGUUCUCUCUAUUGCCUACGCAGCGGCCACUGCACCGUUCCGCGGCAGCUCAGGAGCAUCCACAUUCAAUCGACACGUGAGCUCCGCUGCAGUUCGCACGGCCGUCAAACGAUUCAGCACUCUUCAGCUACAAUACAUUGGCCUCUCCUUUGGCAAGGUCUAUGAGAAGUGGGCUGGUCAGAACAACUUGUCCCCAGAGUUCAUUACUCUCCCCUCAGGCGCAAGGGCUUUCUGGCUUGGCGACUACAAGUCUGCAAAGUACAUCACUGUCUACUUUCACGGAGGGGGCUUCUCCCUCGCUGGUGAAGAUACCCACCUCAACUUCUGGAAUGGCGUCCACGAAAGUCUCAAGGCGAAUGGCGUUCCCAUGGCCACCCUCUUCCUCGAGUACACUCUAGUCCCCCACGCCACCUAUCCCACACAAGUCAUCCAAUCCGUCGAGGCUGUCAACUACGUCUUGAAAGACCUAAAGCGCCCGGCGUCCGACAUCCUCCUUGCAGGUGACUCGGCUGGAGGAAAUCUCGCUCUUGCCAUUCUUUCCCACAUAAGCCACCCAGCCCCUGACGUCCCACCAGUCAUCAUCCCAGAAGACCAGAAGCUCAAAGCCGCAGUUCUAAUUGCACCCUGGGUUUCUUUUGAAUUGACCUGGCCCAGAACCAAGACGAACGAGUUUAAAGACAUUGUAAGCUGUUACGCCGGCGACAAGUGGAGUAAAGAUUAUCUUGGUGGCAAGCAGUCAACCCCGUAUACCGAGGCCUUUAUCCCACCUGCAGAUUGGUGGAAGGAUGUAAAGGUCGAACAGCUUCUCGCAGUAGCUGGCUCCGAUGAACUUCUAGUUGACCCUAUCGAGGCUUGGUUCGCCAAAUAUAAUUCCGUUAACCCACACACCUCAACAUUAGUCGUUGCCCAGGGUGAAAUACACAUUGAGCCUAUCAUCGGACCACGUUUCGGUAGAACCAAAUCCGAGCAAGGCGAAGCAAUCAAAUCCUGGCUCAAAGCCAAGUUGUGAUUGAGACCUCAGCACUGAUAUGGAGAAUUGAUAAUUAGAUGUGAUCUAUCAACAACAAAAUCUUAUGGUCUCAUAGCCUCAUUGGGUGUCCGUCGAAUUUCGCCCCUUCAACUCCAGCCAGCAGCCAUCAA